AUGCUUGGUUUUACGGCAAUGGCAUCAGGGGAGUCAAAAUUGCCACUUCAAACUCAAAGGUUGCAAAUUUACCCCAAACCAAAUUCUGGGGUCUCCCCCUUUUGGAGAGAAAAGUAUGAAAGAGAAGCCAAGCGAAAUUGGGAUGUUUUCUAUAAGCGCCACAAGGACAAGUUUUUCAAAGAUAGACAUUACCUGGAUAAGGAGUGGGGAGAUUACUUUUCAGGUGGAGGGAAGAAAGUGAUUUUGGAGGUUGGUUGUGGAGCUGGAAAUACCAUCUUUCCUGUGAUUGCUUCGUAUCCAGAUGCUUUCGUUUAUGCAUGUGAUUUCUCACCAAGAGCUAUUGAAUUGGUUAAGGCGCAUGAAGAUUUUAAGGAGUCCCAUGUCCACGCUUUCGUUUCUGAUUUGACAGCUGAUGACCUAUGCAAAGAGAUCACUCCAUCUUCUGUUGAUAUUGUUACAAUGAUAUUUAUGUUAUCUGCAGUGUCCCCGGAAAAGAUGCCUCUAGUUUUGCAGAACAUUAGAAAAGUUAUCAAACCAAGUGGAUAUGUGCUGCUGCGAGACUAUGCUACUGGAGACCUUGCUCAGGAGAGAUUCUCCGGCAAGGAUCAAAAGAUAAGUGAUAACUUUUAUGUUAGAGGUGAUGGCACUCGCGCUUACUAUUUUUCGAACGAGUUCUUGACAAGUUUAUUCAAAGAAAAUGGUUUUGAUGUUCACAAACUUGACGUAUGUUGCAAAGAAGUUGAGAACCGGUCAAGGGAGUUGAUAAUGAAACGGCGUUGGAUCCAAGGUGUUUUUCAUGUUUCAGAUGGUUCCGUCUCUUCUUCCAGUAAAGAAGCGGAGGCCAAUCAUCUUGAUAGCGAUAACAAUAUUGGCACAGCAAUCAAUCAAAAUGAUUAUGGUAGUUUAACCGAGACUGUAAUUGACAUGUCCGAGGGAGUUGCGGCUGACAUGUUUGGCGUCUUGCCUUCCAAUGAGUAUGAGGUUAUUGAGAUCAAACUUAGAGGCUGGAGUUUCAAGAUUAAUUUACUCUCAAAAGAGUACCAACACACCUGCAAAUCGACUGGUUUGAUGCUUUGGGAAUCGGCUCGAUUAAUGGCUUCCAUCCUUGCAGAAAAUCCCAACAUUGUUGCAGGAAAAAAGGUAUUGGAGUUAGGAUGCGGCAGUGGUGGAAUUUGCUCUAUGAUUGCUUCUAGACACGCCGAUCAAGUAGUUGCUACAGACGGAGAUGAUUUUGCACUUGACCUAUUAGCCAAAAACGUUGCAUCGAAUAUCGAAUCACCACUGCUGGAUAAACUAACUACGAAAAAACUUGAGUGGGGAAACAAAGAUCACAUAGAAAGCAUAAAGAAAUUGAGCAACGGAGGGUUCAACGUCAUCAUCGGCACCGACGUUACAUAUGUUCACGAAGCCAUAUUGCCUUUAUUUGCAACUGCGAAAGAACUUAUUGCUUGCAGUGGAAGUAAUACAGACGAUAAUGUUUCUGCACUUAUUCUUUGCCAUAUUUUUCGCCGUGUUGACGAACCGACAUUGCUUUCAGCUGCAGCGCAAUUCGGGUUUAGAUUAGUAGACAGGUGGCCUACUACCGGAAAUUCGACCGAAACGUCUCGAAGCGUUAUUGAUAAUUGGUUUGUGGAGAAUGAUUUGAAGAAUGAUCUUCCUAGUGCAGCAUUAAACAUCUUGCUCUUCUGCAAAGAUUGA